AUAAUUCUACUUGUGAUGGCUAUGGUGAAGCAGAAGGUAAACAAGAUGGUGAUGGCUGGAGCAGCUCAACACUGUGUUGAUGACCUCAACAAGGAACGACUAAAAUGCUCCUUCAACAAGGAAGAAAUUACUAAUCUCAUCGAUGGUGGAAAGGAGAAGACUGCCAGUCGUCGCAAAAUAGAGGAACUCUUCCUUUCGGAUCCAGAAUUCCUCGAUCCAGUUCGCCCAGAAUACUUAAGCCAUGAAGACCGAUAUGCCAAUGAAUUGCGUAAAGCGUGUUACAUGGUUCGUAAAUUUCAUGAACAUGAGGAGGUACAGCAAAUUGUUGGCCAAAUGGAAGGAAUGAGGUGAGCACAUUCAGUAUUAUGUUU